AUCGCGUAACUCGGAGCGGAGGAGAUAGAGUUUGGGAUCCCCGGGUCGUACGGUCCCAGAUCGGAUUUGUCUCCUGUUUGCCGCAAGCAGAGAAGGGCUAGGGGAAAAAAAAUCCGCGUUUCCAUUUCUGCUUGCAGUGGUGUCAGUCACGAGAAGGACUUGAAAGACUCAGCUGUUGUUAACAAGACAACUACUGAAACAUGGUGGAUUACUAUGAAGUUCUGGGAGUGCAAAAGCAUGCCUCAGCAGAAGAUAUUAAAAAAGCGUACCGUAAAUUGGCAUUAAAAUGGCACCCUGAUAAAAAUCCAGACAAUAAAGAUGAGGCAGAACGGCAGUUUAAACAAGUAGCUGAGGCCUAUGAAGUUUUGUCAGAUGCUAAAAAACGUGACAUCUAUGACAGAUACGGAAAAGAAGGCUUAAUAAAUGGAGGCGGAGGUGGAAAUCAUCACGAUAAUCAGUUUGAAUUUGGAUUUACAUUCCGUAACCCAGAAGAUGUCUUUAGGGAGUUUUUUGGUGGAAGGGACCCCUUUUCAUUUGACUUCUUUGAAGACCCUUUUGAGGACUUCUUCGGGGGCAGGCGGGGUCCAAGGGGAAGCAGAAGCAGAGGUGGUGGAUCAUUUUUCUCUGCCUUUGGUGGAUUCCCUGCUUUUGGAAGUGGUUUUUCUUCAUUUGACACAGGUUUUACUUCGUUUGGUUCAUUGGGACAUGGAGGCCUUACUUCGUUCUCCUCUACGUCAUUUGGUGGCAGUGGGAUGGGUAACUUCAAAUCAGUAUCAACCUCAACUAAAAUAGUUAAUGGCAGAAAAAUUACUACAAAGAGAAUUGUUGAGAACGGACAAGAGAGAGUAGAAGUUGAAGAAGAUGGCCAGUUAAGGUCGCUAACAAUAAAUGGGGAGGCAGAUGAAGAAGCCUUUGCUGAGGAGUGCAGACGGAGAGGACAACACGCCCUGCCUUUCCAGCCGACCAACCCUCGCCUGCUAAAGUCUCACAAGCCUGCCAGUUCCCCCAAAUAUGCCUAUCAUUACAAUAGCGAUGAGGUGGAAGAACAAGAUAGAAGCCGGGUUACAAGCAGCUUGGAGACCCCUUUUUAUUUAUCAGGUGUGCACAAGCAUGUUGAUGAGAAAUGCACAGAAAAGGAGCCAUCAGCUAGUCAAAAGGAAAAAACAAAAAGCCAAGCAAGAGGUUGUUGCUGUGUGUUGACUUAAUGUUAGCUCCCCGGUAGAUAAUAAACGGCAGCUUGUGUGCCUUCAUCCUGCAUUAGCUCUGCUCUUCAAUUUAGUCUAGUCUAGAUUCACAAAUGCCCUGGGAUAUUCAAGGAUCCAGGGCAAAUACUGUUAUGCUGCUGAAGUGCCUACGCUCUUUGUUCUUAGAAGUGAAGGCCUUUUAGAGAUUAACUCAUCACAGUAUUUUGCACAUUCAUUUAUUUAAAUUGUGCUUGGCUUCCUUGCCGAAGGAGAAGUUCAGCAACUUGAUACUAUUUCUGGAAGCUGCAAUUUUAGGCACCUAAAUCCUAAUAGAGAGGGCUAAGACUGUUCAGGCAAACGCAAAAGUGCAGUGACUGUCCCGGUUAUUUUUGGAAGUAAUUAGUCCUUUGAUAUAUUUCCUGUCUGUAAUGUUUCGGCAAUAUAGUCCAGAGGCUAUCUUGGACAACAAAGUCCUCUUAACUACUUGAUUUAAUUUGAACCUGUGGUCAAAGAUCAUCCAGGACUGCCAGGACAGGUUUUUCUGAAACAUGAAGACGCUUUUCUACUCGGAUGCCCAAACCAAGGGCCCUUCUCAGUAGUGCUGAAUUAGGUGAAGUGCUGGGAAGCGAGAGCGUAUGAGGCUCCUCAGGGUGGUAAACACAGCGCAUGAAAAACAUGCACUGUACCCCAAAACAUGCACUCACAUACUCCCAGUGCUGUACCAACUGCUGCUGCGUUUAUGAGCCUUUAAAUCUAAGUGUCUUCUGUGUGGAAGACCUGAAGAUAUCAUGUGGAUGACAGCUUGAAAAAACGGAAACAUUCAGAUAAAGGUCUUCCUGAUCAGUUGCUGGAAGUUUUGUCUCUUUAGGGAUGGCUAAGUUGAAUCUUUUCUCUUAAAAAAAAAAAAAAAAAAAAGUUUAAAAUUUCUCUAUAGAAGCCUGGAUGUACCCUCUGGGCUGAUGUUCUGAAAUCUCCCAUGCAAGGGUUACAGGUUCUGUCUCCUGUGUCGGUAGCUGUCAAAACAAAACUUUGGCUCUGCAUUUGGAGACCUGAGGUUCUCUGCAAUCAUAGCAAUACUUCGUAGUGGUUUCCAAAGAGCAUCUGAGUUUGACACGCACCUUGCAACUUUUGGAGCAAUUUUUAAGACCACUUAGGACUUCUUGCUGUGAAUCUAUUUAUGCUCCAAGAUGCACAAGUUUGCCAUUAAAAUGAAUUUCUAGAGGUAUUUUGCACAAUCACAAAAUCCUCUCUUCUACCAGUAGAUUGUGAGUUACCAUAAAAGGUUCGGGGUGAAAACUUGAUUACAGUAAGACUAAGGUUUUACUGUUGCUUUAAAUAUUUUGCCUGCUGUUCCCCUUAUGGACAGGGCUGCUGAAGGACUGGUUGAGUCAGUCAUAAAAACCUACGUGAGUGUCUUAAUCCCUCCCUGGGAAGUUUGUGCACAAGCCCUGGCCAGUAAUGCCAUUUUUCAUGGGUGUUCACCUCUGCCGACUGCCUUGCCCAGCAAGCAGGCUUCACCAGGACAGCUCUGUACUUAUACAGACCACUUACUUGCUCCCGCUUGGCUUCUCAUUGAUCACUGCAACAGCUGCCGUGCUUACACGGGCCAGCGUUGGGAAAGAAUAGCAUCUUUUUCUGCCUUGGUCCAAAGCCCACUCGAUUCGGUGGCAAAUAGUUAUGUUCAAUGGCCUCAAACUGGGUGCCGUUCCACCGUGAAUCAGACGGUUUUGCCACUGCUGGCGUGUGGCUCUUGGCAGCAAGACUGCACGGCAGUUUGAGACGUUGUCCCAGUUAGAGCACCUCAAGCAAAUCCUCAGUUGUCAGUGAUUCACCUGCAGUGAGAUGGUUUUCUUUUCCCAGCUCUAAGAGUGGGAAUGUUUACUUUGUAAGUCUGUAGCAAUUUAAAUGAAGGAAAAGGGGAUAGGUUUCAUCUUGACUGGGCGGUGGGGAAUCCCUCUGGAAGUGGCUGCCUCUCUCUAGCACCCAAGGAGAAAGGCUGGCUAACUCGUUUAGACUGCCAACCGAUAUCCAGAGGUGAGAUGAAUCCUCUCCUUAGUCAGGAUUUCCAGUCAUUACAGUAGGUUUUUAAUAAAAAAAAAAAAAAGAGUUAAAUUUGAUUCUCCAUCUAGCACUGACACUUUGCGUUUUAGUAGAAAUUGCUCUGGGUUUGAUGUUGUUCCUGGUUUCAUAAUAGCCUUUAGAAUAAAACUUGUACUCUGAAGUCGCUGUGUAUCUCAAACAGUGCUCUAGCUCCACCCAAGUAAUUUUUUAAUAAGAAUUCAGAUACUACAAGUAAUGCACUGCCUGAUUGUAUGAUGUAUGGCUGACUGGUGAUAUCCAAGCUGUACCAAAGUGGUAUUCAUGCCAGCAGAGACCUGGGGGUUACAGCCACUAAUGGUAGGGGUAGCGGUAACUACCCCUAAAAACCUGCUUCUCUGGAUUUGAGAGUUUUGAUCUUUAUCUAGCAAGAAUGGUUGAAAUGUUUAAUUGUUAAAAUACUGAAAAAUAUACGAUAUGAAAGAUCAUUAUUUGCAAGAUAAUAUUGCAAGGUUUGCUCUUCCUUUUGAAUGAAAUAGCUUGCAUUAACCUAAAACUUACAACAUUAAUAAUUCAUUUUUGCUGCAUUUUCACCCGCUGGUGUCUCUGAAAAGGAAACCACUUUAAAAGAACUAGCUUAACUAAUCUUGAUCCUUUCCUGGCAUGGAUUCCUCUGCUGGAAAGUUGAGCUAUUUGUACUUUAUUACAUCUUUAAUGCAGUCUCCGUUCUUUUUACCGACAUACGGUUUCCUGAGUUACACAUUACUAACUAAUAAAAUUGAUGUGCUUGGUUAUCCAAACUAAUUACCAUAUAAUUCCCUCACAUACUUGUAUUUGGGCAUGUAAUGGAAAGAGAAAGGAAAGCAAAGCCGCUGUUUUCUGUGGAAAUCUAAUAGGCGAGGAAUGCUGGAGGUGGGAGGGAGUUCACUCUCCCUUUGCUCCACAUCCCCUGCCUGUAACUGUGCGUGAGUGGGACGGGGUAACAGACGUACUCUUCUGCGGGCAGAGGGUGGGAAGAUUGCCUGGUGGAUUUGGAGGCUGGGUCGUUGUUCCCUGGCUUGGCCAGAGCUGCCUGUACGCAUAUCUUUUUGGCUGCUAGUACGAGAGCAUCCCGUUACCCAUUUGCUUCCCAUAGAAGGUGGCUGGGUUGCACAUGGAAGGGCUUCCAAGGCUGCAUAGCCUUGCAAGCUUUUGCUUGCCAUGUGGGAGUAAAACCUUGGACUCUAGUUAGUAAUAGUGUUACCUUAAUUAAUAGCAGGCGGGCAGGUUGUAUCCGGCUUGGUAUGUUCUUGUAGCAAUUCUAGGCAGAAUUGGUAAUGAAAAUAGUAUGGUGAGCAAGCAUGAAUGAAGGCCCCAGUAAGUUGCUAAAGCUUUUCAGUCCCCUAAAACAUCAAAGUUGGAAUUACAUCACUGGGUUGGCCAGUGAAACUGGAGAACUUGGCCCUUGGAUUUAACAGUGCGGAUAAUUAAAUAGUGGAGCGGCAUACCUAGACGGGGUGGGAUGGUUUGUCACCUCAGGUCUUUAUGUAAAGGCGGGUUCUCUCUCCGCGAUCUCUGGCAUGGGCAGGAGCUGUGGAUGAGGCGAGAGAAUUAAUAGGUCAAAUUGUGGUGUGUGUUGGGCAGUAGCUCUGGCUGAAAGAAGGGAAUGUGAAAGUGUAGUGUAAAGCUGUAAUUGUAAAUUGAGUCACGCAUGAAAUUAUACUGAAGCUGUGAUCUGGGGUGAAUUUUUAUAUUGGCAUAUGCAAGUGUGGUCAGUCUAAAGUAACAGAUGGUGGCUGCAACUCAGAAGCAAGCUAGCUACCUUUUGAAAUAACAAUUUGUUGUUUUGACUAGAGAGGUAUUUCUAAGAGCAGAAAAUUAGAAAGCACGCUACAGAACCCAACACGCACGCUCCCCACUGCCCUGUUAAAGCUCUGUGUGCAUGUUGGAGCCAUGACUGCUUUGCUGGUUUGAAGGAGGGCAAAAGAAUGGCUGCAAUCUUAGCAAAAACUUAGUAGUUCUUGAAAACCAUUUUCUCUGGGACUUGAGCAGAAAGCAUGAAUCCCUCCCACCCCCAACCUCAGUGCUUCAGAGCCUGAAAGUGGAAGGAAGCUCCUCCAAAGUCUUCACCUUUGCAGGAGAUCUAUAAAAAUCAGGCCAUGGCCUUUAUUACUGACUGAUGUGGGUCAAGAAGCAGAAAUGCUGCGUGUUAAUCAUCGGUCGUGACUGAACACCUUGUUUCCUUCUGCUGACUCCUGCGCUCUCCUGUGCUGGCAGAAGGAAGGUGGAGCAGACCCGUCGCUGCCCUCUGCAUCCUGGUAAAGCAGGCAGACGUCAGGCAGGGCAGGAAGAAGUAGGUUACCACAAAUGGGUUGGGUAGGAGCAUUUUCCCCAGGACGCUUGCUUGUCCCUUUGGAUCAAUCGCUCGAUACGCACACUCCCUUGCAGUUGCCUCCCAAGAAUGUGACGAGUUUCAUAGUGACUGAACAAACCUGUGACUUUGGAGGUGCAGAUGGCAGAGAAGUAGAAAGCUAGAAGGAAAGUCAAUCUGGGACCCAGCAGAGAGGCUUCCCAAUUUGUUUUGGUCCUUGCUGAGUGGCUGAGGGAGUUGCUACUAAGCAUUGUUAGAAGUUGGUUUCGGUCUUCGGUAGCUUUUCGAAAGCUGGAAUAGCUUCUGUGCUCUACGGUUCUUCUGGAAGUAGAAGAGAGGGGGAUGAAAUGGGAAGAGCGAGUCAGCAGAUGCUGUUUGUUUUAGACAAGAAUUAUCCAGGUUGUAAGACAGGUGUAAUUCCAAAUGGUGUGGAUUCUUGCUUCAUCCAUCUCUGCUCCUGGCAGCUGACAAAAGCAAGAAUGUACCAAGUUAGGCUGAUAUCUGUCUGCAUUGGACUGAAUCUGUUUUCCGACUGUCAAAUCUUGGGGAAGCUCUCAGCAACCUGUUCUCCCCCCACCCUUCUCUAAGACUCUCUAUCUUAAUGUAACACAUUUCUAGACUUUAGAUAGCUAACGAUGGCUUCUAAGGGUGGAAAUUUGCAAAGCCCAUCUCCAAGGCCAGAACUGUUUGGCUGAAGCCAGUUCAGUCAGGGGACUAACUAUGGGAAGUCUCCACGACUGCUUCGUGAUGCUGGAGACUCGCCAGGACACAGGUUCACUGCAAAUUAAUCAAAUAGUAAUGGGGCUGCUGCUUCCUAAUUCAGAUUUUGUUCUCUCGUGACUUUGGGGCUAGUCUUGUAACCAAGGCAGCUAAAUAUGCUUUUAAUUAGUGCUGGUUGAAGUAUUCAAGUGAAAUAAGCACCAAAGGGUUUCAUCUUUAGUGUGCAAUUUUUAUUUUUACUAGGAGCUGCUUCACUUGUUCAGAUCAGGUUUUUGGCUGUUAUCACCCAGCAUAGCAUCACUAGUGCUAACAGACUGGCAAAGUUUGACCUAUCCUUUCUUCUUAGGUGGGGGUAGAAAAGGAAAUGGUCAAGAGUGAAAUUAUUUAUCAUAGCAGGCUCGAAACAGAAAAGGCCUGGCAGUUUUCUCUUGAGGAAUACUCUGUAUUUGUGCGUUAUCUCCUACUUUGGCCAAUCUGUGUCUGUGUGUCAGUGAUAACACUUGAAAGAUUUCCACUUUUCACCCUUAUCAUUCCAGAGGCUGGUAGGAGACCAUGUUGUCAAAUGCCUAGAUAUCUUCAUACCACAUUAUUUUAACAUUUGAGUUGCUUCAUUUAGAAGACAAUGAAUUAUGUGGCAUUCAUUUCAAGUCAUAAUUUACAUUGACUCACAGUCUUUUUAAGGAAGAGUUGCUAGAAUUGCUUUCAAAAUCUCAAAGAUUUGAAGAAAAUGGACUGUUGCAAAAAAAAAA